AAGUGAUGCAUAUGAUAUGGGUCGGGAAUGGGCACCCGCCCAUUUCCCAUAUGUUGUGUUGAGGGUUCUCGUUCCCUCUUUCUCUCUCGUUCUCUGCGUUUGUUUAGUAGAUUUUUAUGAAUCAUUUUUAGUUCCUUUAGCUGCUCCACAUUCCAUCAAUUCAGCCUCUUCUCACUCUUUCAAGAAUCAACCCAAGACCCACACUUUUUGUCGGUUUCGGAAUCGAAAAUCUCUGCAGAGAAAAAGAAGAACUUUCGCUUUUGAACCCUCUCUGCUGUAUCAGAAGUUCUUCGCCAACUUGCAGAGUCAUUCACUCUUUCUUCCAAGUACGCAGCAGUUUCAGGGUUUCUCUGCUGUAGCGCCACCGCCACCGCCACUGCCGUCAUCGCAGACUGAGGAGGAGGAUUCAAGGUCUGUUUGUCUCUUUCUCAACGCUUCUAUCUUUGGAAAAUUGGGGACUGUUGGUUUUAUUGGCACAGCAAUUAGGUGCAAAGAUGGCUGCAGCUUUCCCUUCCAAAUCAUUGCAUGGACUUUCAUACAGAUGAGGACCAAUCUUAAAGUUGUGGACAACUCAGGGGCAAAACGAGUGAUGUGCAUACAAGCUCUGAAGGGGAAGAAAGGGGCAAGACUGGGGGACACGAUAGUUGCAUCAGUAAAGGAAUCCCAACCUGGAGGCAAAGUGAAGAAAGGAGAUGUUGUUUAUGGCGUUGUCGUGCGUGCUGCCAUGCCGCGGGGCCGUUGUGAUGGGAGUGAGGUCAAGUUCGAUGACAAUGCUGUGGUGCUUGUCAACAAGCAAGGCGAGCCAAUUGGAACCAGAGUAUUUGGGCCAGUCCCACACGAGCUAAGGAAGAAAAAGCAUGUCAAGAUUCUUAGUCUUGCGGAGCAUAUUGCCUGAGGUUAGAAGGCCAAGUGCACUCAGUCAAGCACAUCUAGCAUGCCAAUGCCAAGGCAAAAGCCUACUCCAUCAAGCAAGGCCGUGCCAAUUCACCCAAAUUCCAAUCAGUCAAGUAGGGAUAGUAGGCUAGUGCCCACUCACCAUAUUCCAAUCAACCAAGGGUAGCAGCACAAGAAUUUUUCUUUUGUUUUGUUUGUGUAUCAAGGGUAAUAGAGAAAGACAAUUGCUUUUGUGGGAUUUUGUUUUGUGGACCGUUGCUGCUGCUAUUUUAUAUGAUCAAUUGAAUGUUAGUUUAUAUUCUUACUA